UCGCCUGCCAAAAGACUCUGAUUUCUGAACUAGAAUAGAUCUCUAAUAUUUUGAUUUUGAAUGCAUUUUGUCCUGAUUUUCUUGUCUAACCUGCUGCACAACUCAGACUGACACUUUUCUGAAUUCCAGGACAGAAUCAAAAGGAAUCAGCGAUCAAUGAAGAACGAAGGGACAAAUUUUGAAGAAGGAUUUUUGAGUUGAGAUCAGACCAUAAUCGUGGUUACACAUUUUUAUUUUUCAGCGUUCAAAAAGAGAAAGUAAAGAUUGCUGGAGCUCAAACUGAGGAAAUGGAUUCACAAGCUGAAGAUGAUUAUAGUUGUCCUGUGUGUUGUGAUAUUUUCACGGAUCCUGUUGUUUUAUCAUGUAGUCACAGUGUCUGUAAAGAGUGUCUUCAACAGUUCUGGAGAACCAAUAAAACUCAGGAGUGUCCCGUCUGCAGGAGAAGAUCCUCAAAACCUGAACCUCCAGUUAGUCUCGCGUUAAAAAACUUGUGUGAGUCGUUCCUGAAGGAGAGAAAUGAGAGGCGUUCAUCAGGAUCUGAGGAGAUCUGCAGUUUACACAGUGAGAAACUCAAACUCUUCUGUCUGGAGGACAAACAGCCGGUGUGUGUAGUGUGUUUUACUUCACAGAAACAUGACAAUCAUAAAUUCAGACCCAUCGAUGAAGUGGUUUCAUCAUAUAAGGAGGAGCUCAAUACAGCACUGAAAUCAUUACAGGAGAAACUUAAACACAAUGAAGAAAUGAAAGGAGAGUUUGAGAAAACAGUUGAACACAUCAAGUCUCAAGCUGAGCACACAGAGCGUCAGAUUAAACAGCAGUUUGAGAAGCUUCAUCAGUUUCUCAGAGAUGAAGAAGAAGCUACAAUCACUGCACUGAGGGAGGAAGAGGAGCAGAAGAAGCAGAUGAUGAAGGAGAAGCUGGAGGAGAUGAACAGACACAUCUCAGCUCUUUCACACACAAUCAAAGACACGGAGGAGAUGAUGAAAGCCAGUGACGUCUGCUUUCUGAAGGAGUUUCCAGUCUCAAUGGAAAGAGUCCAGAUCUCAUCACAGCCGGAUCCACAGACGCCUUCUGGAGCUUUGAUUCAUGUGCCACGUUACUUGGGCAACCUGCCCUUCAGAGUCUGGAAGAAGAUGCAGGACAUCGUCCAGAACACUCCUGUGAUUCUGGAUCCAAACACGGCUCAUCGAUCUCUCCUUCUGUCUGAUGAUCUGACCAGUGUGAGAUUCAGCGGUCAUCAACCUGUUCCUGAUAAUCCAGAGAGAUUUGACUAUUAUUCCUGUGUUCUGGGUUCAGAGGGUUUUAACUCAGGAACACACUGCUGGGAUGUGGAGGUUACACAGAGUCCAGCCUGGUGUCUUGGAGUAACUACAGCAUCAAACCAGAGGAAGGGAUAUGAUUUCUUCAACACUGGUAUCUGGUGUGUACGGUACGGAGUGUCUCCAGGUCCUGGUUUUGGUGUUAAACAGCAGCUUGAUCGUGUGAGAGUGAAUCUGGACUAUGACGGAGGAACGGUGUCAUUCUCUGAUCCUGUAACUAACACACAUCUACACACAUUCACAACCUCCUUCACUCACACACUCUUCCCUUUCUUCUGGUGUUAUUCCUCUCUGAGGAUCUUAUCGAUCAAUAGUCAGUAAUCUGUAGAUCUUCCUGCUUUCAACUUUCAUCAUGUUUCAAUAUUUAAUCCAGAUCAGUAUUUUGUGUAAAUUCAAAGAUGAAUAUGAAAACAAUGUUCUAUAUUAACAGAAAUAAAAGCAAUGUUCUUAA